AUGACUCAGCCAAUACUGCGAACUGGACGUUUGCAGUGUUCACAGAUAGCAAGAAGAACAACAAGAAUCCAUACCUCAACUUUCGUACCUUUUGUUUUGCAUUGA